UGCCUAGUGUGUCUCUCUCUCCCUGUCAAUAAUCCCGGAUCCCAGACUUCUCCGUUCCUCCGGAUCUCGAGCCCCUUUUUCUAGCUGUCAAUCAGCGCCGCCUUUGAACUGAAAAGCUCUCAGUCUAACUUCAACUCACUCAAAUCCGAGCGGCACCGGCUCCCUAUAUCUGCGGCUGCCCCCCUUGCCCAGCUGACUUCUUGUUUGGUUUUUGUUUGUCGGGGACAGAGAAAGAGAGAGAUUUUUUUUUUUUUUUUUUUUUUUGCAACUCCCCUCCCCCCUCUUUUUUUUUUUUUUUGCAAUUUUUUUUGUUGCUUUAUUUUAUUUUAUUGUUUUUUUAAAAAUUUGUUUUUCCUCCUCCUCCCCCCCCCCCCCUCACUCCCUAUUUUUAUUUUAUUUUGUUGGCUGCACGCUGCUGCGCUCCCGGGAAGAAAAGAAAAGCCAGAGAGAAAGCCAAUCCAGGAGGAAGGAGCCCAAAGUCACUGGUGCCAAAGGAGCCAAGAAGAAACAUUUCUCUCCCCCUCCUCCUCCUCCUCCUCCCUCCGUUCCCCUCCCCAGGAGGAGAGAAGGGAGACCCCCCCCACCCCCCUUGCAAACUUUCACCUUGGACUUUCUUCUUUUUUUUUUGGUGUGUUUUUUGGUGGUUUUUUUUUGGGGGGGGGUGCAAACUUUCCCCCCCUUCCCUCGCUUUUAUUAUUUCUUUUUUUUUCUUUUUUUGCUUUCUUCCUUUUUUUUUUUUUCUUUUUUCUUUUUUUCCCCUCCUUCCCCCUUUUCCCCUCCCCUCCCUCCCUCCCUCCCUUCCCCCCCCCGCCCCUCUCCCUCUUUGCAAAAUUGCUGCUGGUGGGGUGAGCCCGGAGGAAGAUGCCUCAGCUGAACGGCGGCGGAGGGGACGAUCUGGGGGCCAACGAUGAACUGAUCUCUUUCAAAGACGAAGGGGAGCAGGAGGAGAAGAUCUCGGAGAACUCCUCGGCCGAGAGGGAUUUAGCGGACGUCAAGUCCUCGCUGGUCAACGAGUCCGAAACGAAUCAGAACAGCUCCUCGGACUCGGAGGCGGAGAGGCGGCCCCCGCCUCGCUCCGAAACUUUCCGAGAGAAAUCCCGGGAAAGUUUGGAAGAAGCUGCGAAAAGGCAAGAUGGAGGGUUGUUUAAGGGCCCACCCUACCCCGGUUAUCCCUUCAUCAUGAUCCCCGACCUGACCAGCCCGUACCUCCCCAAUGGGUCGCUGUCUCCGACUGCAAGAACAUAUCUCCAGAUGAAAUGGCCACUGCUUGAUGUACAGGCAGGGAGCCUUCAGAGUAGACAAGCCCUCAAGGAUGCUAGGUCUCCAUCUCCAGCACACAUUGUUUCUAACAAAGUGCCAGUUGUGCAGCACCCACACCAUGUACACCCUCUUACACCGCUUAUCACAUACAGCAAUGAGCACUUCACACCAGGAAACCCUCCUCCACACUUACCAGCUGACGUAGAUCCAAAAACAGGAAUUCCGAGGCCUCCGCAUCCUCCGGAUAUAUCUCCCUAUUAUCCAUUAUCGCCAGGCACUGUAGGACAAAUCCCCCAUCCGCUAGGAUGGUUAGUACCACAGCAAGGUCAACCAGUUUAUCCAAUCACAACAGGGGGAUUCCGGCAUCCUUACCCAACAGCUCUGACUGUCAAUGCUUCCAUGUCAAGUUUUCUCACGCAUACCAUCCCAAGUAUGCACAGCUUUCUCUCCUCUAGGUUCCCUCCACACAUGGUCCCGCCACAUCAUAGUUUACAUACAACUGGAAUCCCUCAUCCGGCCAUAGUCACGCCAACAGUCAAACAGGAAUCUUCCCAGAGCGAUGUUGGCUCGCUCCACAGCUCAAAACAUCAGGACUCCAAAAAAGAGGAGGAGAAAAAGAAGCCACACAUAAAGAAACCUCUUAAUGCAUUUAUGUUGUAUAUGAAGGAAAUGAGAGCAAAAGUUGUAGCAGAAUGCACGUUGAAAGAGAGUGCAGCCAUCAAUCAAAUCCUUGGUCGAAGGUGGCAUGCGUUAUCCAGAGAAGAACAAGCAAAAUACUAUGAGCUAGCAAGAAAGGAACGACAGCUUCAUAUGCAGCUUUACCCGGGCUGGUCCGCACGGGAUAACUAUGUAGGUUCCUAUGGAAAGAAGAAGAAGAGGAAAAGGGAUAAGCAGCCAGGAGAGACCAAUGAACACAGCGAAUGUUUCCUAAAUCCUUGCCUUUCACUUCCUCCGAUUACAGAUGCAAAUACUCCAAAGAAGUGUCGGGCAUUGUUCGGGCUUGACCGACAGAGUUUAUGGUGCAAACCAUGCAGGAGAAAAAAAAAGUGCGUUCGCUACAUACAAGGUGAAGGCAGCUGCGUCAGCCCACCCUCUUCAGAUGGAAGCUUACUAGACUCUCCUCCUUCGUCUCCUAACAUGCUAGCCUCCCCCCCAAGAGACUCAAAGCCACAGACUGAACAAACGCAACCUCUCUCGCUCACAUUGAAACCCGACCCGCUGGCACACCUCUCCCUGAUGCCACCGCCAUCCUCUUUAGUCCUGACCGAAACCUCCGCCAGCAAGCCCAGCGCCCUGUCUGCUACUAAUUGUCAGAACGGGGCAUUGGAUCAUCAGCCUGCCACUUUACAGCCGUCAGCAGCACCCUCCUCAUCGUUAGCACAACCUUCAACAUCCUCUUUGCAUUCCCAUAAUUCGUUGGCCGGGACACAGCCCCAGCCACUGUCACUUGUAACCAAGUCUUUAGAAUAGCUUUAGCCUCUUUAGCCCUUUAUUUUUAACGUGUUGGGUAUUUUGGAUCAGUUAUUUUGGUUGUUUUGGUGUUCUGUUUUGUUUUUUUCCCCCCUCGGGUUUUUGUUUUUUGUUUAAAUUCGUGCCAUAUGGCUACAUUAGUUGAUGUUUAUCGAGUUCAUUGGUCAAUAUUUGACCCAUCGUUAUUUCAAUUUCUCCUUUUAAAUAUGUAGAUGAGAAAGCCUCAUGAUUCUGCCAAAAUUUUUAUCAACAGCUGUUUAAAGUCUUUGUAGCGUUUAAAAAAUAUAUAUAUAUACAUAACUGUUAUGUAGUUCCAAUAGCUUAGUUUUAAAGACUGAUUUUAAAAAAUAAAAGAGAAGCAAUUUUGAAGCAGCCCUCGCAGAAGGUGUUGGUUCUUUAUUAUUUGUAUUAAAUACGAGCUUGCGAACCAAUCAUUUUACAUCUGGUUUUUAAACCUUUAAGGGCACAAUGAAUGCCGUGCCGUUACUUUUUUUUUUUCUUCCUCGUGUGAAACAACCUUUAUUGUGAUGUUACUUGUUAUUGUUUAAAUGUACAGAAACAAAGGGUUAAAAAUGUGUUAAUAUACCUUGUUCCAUGGUGUUGUUCUUUUUGGGGGAGGGAAUGCUACACACAAUUAAAAGUAUCACAACGCUAUUGGACCAGUAGUAUUUAUUGCUUUAGAGAUUGCUUGUUGUAUCUGUAUGUUGUCCCUUUUUAAAUGUUUUUUUUCCUUUUCUCCCCCUUGAAACAUUGUAUAAAGUUUUUUUCCCCUUUAGUGUAAGCAUCUUAUAUAUAACAACUCAUUUGUACAAGGUUUUUAAGUUUAUAUAUAAAUGUGUAUAUAUAUAUUUUUUCGGGGGGGGGAGGGGGGGUUUUGUUUUUGUUUUGUUGUUUUCAUUUCUUUUUUUUUUUUUUUCUGUAUGAAACACAGUUGCCACCAAAAGGACAUUUGCAGAUGCAUUUUAAAGGAUCAAUAGUGUAAAGAUAAGUAAAUCAAAAGCCAUUACGCAUACACACACGCAUACACACAAACGCAAAGACUUGAAAAUUUAGCAAGGGAAUUUUUAGUAACGUCCAAGCGUCUCGUUCAGAACUGCAGUUGAAUCCCCUGCGACAUUAGGACUGUAGACUGUGUGCAAAAAUUUUUAUGUGCCAAAUUUCUCAGUGACUUCUAACUUUUCUCCCAAUGACUUUUUAUUAUUAUUUUUUUUUUUAAUGCUGUAAUUUUUUUGUUCAUCAUGUUUUGCUGUGAUGUUACAUAGGUAGAUAUGUAUGUAGUUUUAAUGUCACCUAUAACAGAUGUGUUUGGUAGCAGAUUGUCCGGAAAGCAUUUAAAAUGAAGAGGUGUAAACCCUUAAGGGCCAAAUUCUGUAUAUUAGAAUAUUCAUAAAAGGAAAAUCAGACUGCCACUUUUAUGUACACUUACUACAUACAGGUAGGUAGCAAACUUAAAACAAAAAAAAAAAAUCCUAGGCAUGUUGAUGUUGCAAAAAACGCUGUAUAAAGCUGAAAAAUUGUUCAUCUGUUCAUUCAGUGCCAUUGUAGUUGACAUGAAGCGAUUGUAAAACUGUCUCAGAUUUUUCUCUGGUUUAUUAAAAUGCUAACUAUAACAUUUUUUGUGAAUACUUUGAAUGUUUCCUAACAGUUGUGAUGUUACUGUUCCGUUUUAUGCUCUUAUUCCGAUUUUUCAUUUUUAAUGGUUUGGAAGCCAUUUUUUGUAAUGAAUAAAUGUUCAUGCUGUACAGUAUCUGUAGCAUGCAGUUCUGGAUUAAUAAAAGCAACUUAGUAUGUGCAGAGAA